AUGAAUCUAUCGUUUGCCGGUUGCGGUUUUCUCGGCAUCUAUCAUGUCGGCGUUGCGGUAGCAUUCAAGAAAUAUGCGCCCCAUCUACUGCUGCACCGCAUCAGUGGCGCAUCGGCCGGAGCCUUGGCCGCCUGCUGUCUGCUCUGCGAUAUGCCAUUAGGUGAAAUGACGUCGGAUUUCUUCCGCGUAGUCAACGAAGCCCGAUCACAUUCCCUUGGCCCGUUCAGCCCCCGGUUCAACAUACAGACCUGCCUGCUGGAAGGGCUACAGAAGUUUUUACCACCGGAUGCGCACGAACGUGUCAAUGGCAAGCUGCAUAUCUCCCUGACCCGUGUGUACGAUGGCAAGAACGUGAUCGUGUCGCAGUUCAAUAGCCGCGAGGAUCUGCUGCAGGCACUUCUCUGUGCGUGCUUCAUUCCGGUGUUUUCGGGCCUUUUGCCACCCCGGUUCCAUGGCGUACGAUAUAUGGACGGUGCAUUCUCCGAUAACCUUCCAACGCUGGACGAAAACACGGUAACGGUCAGCCCGUUCUGUGGCGAAAGUGACAUCUGCCCGCGUGAUAAUAGCUCGCAGAUGUUCCACGUCAAUUGGGCCAACACUAGCAUCGAGCUGUCGAAGGAAAACAUUAAUCGGUUCGGUCGCAUCCUGUUUCCACCGAAGCCGGAAAUACUGUCCUCCUUCUGUCAGCAGGGAUUCGACGAUGCGCUUAACUUUCUGCAUCGUAACAAUCUCAUCAGCUGCACCCGCUGCCUAGCCGUCCAGUCAACAUUCGUAGUCGCGGAACAACCGUCACCGAACCUGGAGGAACAGAUCCUGGAGGAGUACGAUCCCGAGUGUAGCGAAUGCAAAGAGUGUACGCAGCAUCGCAAGAAUGCUCUCGUUGGAAGCAUGCCGGACAAUGUGCUAACCGUGUUCCAGACGUACAUCGAGCAGGCAAACAAGGGUCUGAUUAAUUGGGUGUUUCGCCAUCGGGGUGGCAAACUGCUGACUGCCCUAUCACUUCCCGCCAUUCUACCGGCCGAUAUAGUGUGUGCCACGCUGACAAAAUUGGCAACAUUGGGUGUCCCUGACCGGCAGCGUUUUCUAGCGCAGCUCGAGAACCGCCUAGCGUACCGACUGAUGGGUGCGGCACCAUCGAUAGGAAAACAGAUAUGGGCGAUGAGUGAGUAUGUGCUGAAGAACUUAAACACGAUCCUGCUGAAGGUGCGACGGCGGCAGAAGCAACAACAGCUUACCGCGAACCUGCAGUGCCAGAUCGCGCUUACCGAAUACAACCAGAGCGUGGGUCAGCAGCAUCACCAGCACAGCCAUCGCAGCUCAAUCAUCGAUAUGCGAAUGGACGAUGGCAAAACCUUCAGCAAAGAAAUUACCCCGACCUACACCUCUGGACAUCAUUCGGCGAUGGGUGAUAUUGACGCGUUCGAUCACAUACUUCAAGUAUCCUCGCAUCAUGACGCAAUGUACGCUUACUAUUACAUGGACGAAGACAAUAAGGUUAAGGUAACGGAGAUAUUCGACAUGAGCGAGAGCGAUAAUCCUGCCCUGCAAACUGCCAACGAGCUUGAGGCAAACCAGCAGCUGGAGUUCGAUAACGACUGGGAAACAACACAGCCAGAUUUCCUCUAUGCCAACUCGUACGGUGGAGACAAUAUAAUUGACAUCGAAGAGUUUAUCGAUCCCAGCAUCUUUAUGACUGGCAACCAUCAUCACCUCAUGAGCGGCAACAACAAUAACAACACCGGUGGCCUCAAUACGCUGACGCAGUAUCCGAUCAAUCCGUGGGAAUGCUCGCAAGUACAAAUCGAAGAGCUGUCAACUGACUUCAACGAUCCAUCGCUGGAACCGGAAGCGGAUCAGCAGACGAGCCUCAUGUCCGAAUCAGCUACCCUGCUUCUAAGCAAGCCACCCUCAUCGUACUCAGUUGAGAUGUAA